AUUAUUAACUUCUUAGCCAAUCAUUGAUUGUUAUGGGUACGAAAAUACGUGCAAAAUUUCUUGGAUGACUACGUUUAACUACAAUCGGUAUCUAUUAGUAUGAGAACACAUUGCAAAGAUAUGACUGACGCUUCCGCAUAAAGAGGUCAAUACUGUAACAAUGGAAAUGAGAUGGCCUGAGUCAUCCGCGGCCGUCGAGAGAACUGUUGACCUACACAGAGAGGGGCCUGCAUGUGGUAAAAAGUUCAUAGUUGAAUACAUUUUACGCGUAGAGGGACAAUAGCUAUUUUAUCGUAUCAGCAAAUUGACACUCUCUUCCUCUUCUUUUUCUUUUAUUGAUUUGAGUUUUAUUCUUUUUCCCUUAUACGUAUAUAUACACGUUUGUGGCCAUGUUUUUCAAAGGUAAGAAUCGAUAAAAAGCGACAAAUUCUUUUUAAUUAACCGAAAUAUUAUAGGCGAUUCAUGACAUACUACAAAAAAAAACGUAGCACCGAAGGUGGAUUUUCUAGUUGAAGUUAACUACUUAUCUGAAUGGAGAUUCAGACUACUAGAACUAUCACAGAGUUUGGGUAGUUACAAGAGGUACAUUCCGGUGAUGGCAUAGUGAAUAGCGUGCUUAAAUUAAGGAACAUCAGCUGUAUUAUAGAAUGCUUAACGGAGGGAGCGGACAUAAAACUCGAAAUAUCUGUAUACAAAAAGUACUUAUUUAAAAUAAAGAACUCAUUAACUGAAAACUAAACUCAUUUUGUAGGUAUCUUAUAGUAAGCUCGAGGCCUAUAUGUAUAGAGGGCAGGAAGUGUUUUCUAUUUGAAUAUAAGCCUAGAAGUAGACCUAGUCAGCUAAUCAUGUCGCAUCCUGUUUGUUUUCAGAUGAUCUUAACUCUGGGUUCGGUGCAAGCAGGUUGAUCCGACCUAGUGUAGUACGCGUAUCAAUUCACUGAUCAUCAUCCGGCAGCCUUUAAAAUAUCUCUGAUUCACAAAAUGUUUGGUGCUAGUAUUCUGUUAAUUAGAUUAGAUAGACGACGGAUUUAGCGGACUUGGCUAAAUAGGAUUAACUGAGGUAGAUUUAGCCAUAUACGGCGUGAUUAGGAGUUGAACGAAGUGAUUCAAUAUGCCGACCGUAUUACUUAUCGAUGCCUCACUCUCGAUGUGUCGUCCAGUGGAGCUCGCCGAUCGUCCUGAGCCCAUGCAGCUUCGACAUCUAGCUGCGGAUGGACUCAAUCACCUUCUGCAAUAUAUGGCGAUACAUUGCAAGUUGGAAUUCUGCUCAAUUGUAGUUUUCUCAUCAUUAUGGGAAGUGGUUGAACCUUUCACGCGUGAUUUCGAUGCACUUAGAGAGAGGCUGAGCCGGCUUCAGUUCUAUGAUAGAACAGCGUUUGAGGCUGGCAUCGAAGGAGCGAAGCAAGCAGUUCUGCAUGAGUGGGGAGUGACGUGCAGCUGCCAGGCGUUCGUAUCGAUCGGCGAGUCAUCGUAUGUCUCCUGGCAGGGUCGCCUUACGUGUGGCCAUUUGUCUUCACACGUGACGCUUUGCCCCCCACCUGAACCGCAGCCGCGACGUGGCCCAGACGCCGAAGCCGAUCAGCCACCGGUGCGAAUGACUGAACAAAUCUCGAUUGUUGGAUUCAUGAACAUUGGUGAUGUAGCACAUCCUGCUACAGUGUCUCGUCAUCUCGUUUUACCAAUACCAGCACCAAAAACCUAUGAUACAUCGGACUCAAGCGGAGGUAUAGUCGGUGGGAUUGAUUCUCAAGAGAAUUCCUCGUCGUUGCCGUCGAUUGGCGAGAUCAAAGCGGAGCCAGCGGUGACUUCAGACAGUGGAGAUGGCGUUUGUAGUAAUGUGGGCUCGGCUACAGGCGAUGAAAACGACGGAAAGCAGGCUUCAUUCUGUGUCCUUCUGCAUGGAUCGCUUAAGGUUGAGUCGAUGGUCGCUAUUGCCAGAAUUGGGCCGUCUUGGUAUGGAAUGUUGUACUCGUGGGCGGAUAGCAAAAAGAAGUCUAAUCUCAUGCUCUCAACGUUCGAACCCGGCGAGAACUCUGUGCCUUGGUGGUGCGCCUUCAAGAACCUCGGCAGCGCUAACCUCAAUGGAAUCCCAUCGACCUGGGAAAAGCUAAAGCUUCCGCUAAAACCGCUUGAAAAACCCAGCUACUCACAAAACUCAGUCGUUUGGAUUCGCACAACGGGUCUUCAGGCAGACAUACAGAAGAUUCUCCGACAUGCGCGUAAACUACCUGAGAAGAUCCAUAACUUUUACAAGGAAUUGAAUCGAGUACGUCGAGCUGCCAUAUCGUACGGCUUCACAGAUCUACUUGAAGCGUUAUCGUCGAUUCUUGAAAGGGAAUGCACUCUUCUUCCAGGCACUGCCCACCCCGAUGCAGCUCUUCAACUAAGUCAUGCGGCAAAUCAGCUCAAGCCUCCAGCUAACGGCUCGGGCCCACUGCCUGACGCUGAUGUUCCAAUAGCUCCCCUUCGUACAAAGUAUUUCCAAAAUAUGAGCGAAUAGCGCUAGGCUUAGCGGGGAGCUUCUGCCUGUCUGCUAUAUAUAUAUAUACAUCAGCUCCUCCAGGACCGUCCUGUAAAUGAGGGUGCUUGCGAAAGUGUGGGUAACUCAUAAGCCAAUGAAGCCGAAGUAUAAUGUAAAAAAUUGUGUUACACGCACUUCUGCUGUAAAUUGAAUGCGAAUCAAGCGACAGGUGACCAAGUUACGCUCGAAUUUAAACUGAGCUCUCGGCAAAGAAGCACCAUAGGCUUGUAUGAUAUUCAUAUUUGUUCGGAACCAACAAGCUAGCUUGCAGCACAAUGUAAAAGUAUAAACGAUACAACUUUGUUUAAAUAAAUGUGUAAACAAAAUAUGUGUAGAAUUAAAACUUGUCGUACGUCUGAUCUCAUUACUGCGACAUUGUUCUUCAACUAAUCAUCCGUAUAGCUCUUAACUACUCGACUGAGAUAAGCGGAUUUCGAGAUAAUAGAUUAGAGUUCAUUCAUUAAAAAAUUUUGAUGAACUUUCUGUAAAAUUAGCUAUCUUGGGUUAAUAAUAAAUUAAAAUU